GCAGCUUCAAUUCUGCCGAAACCACCGUCGCUGAACCGUCGCUGAACCGUCACCCACACAAAGAAGGAGAGCCCGUUGACAGCUGGCGCGCAGGUACAGUACGUCUCGUUUGCAGUGUCGGCGCUUCGCUGGGCCCUGGCCCCUGGGCCCUGGGGCGCGCGUGCGUCAUAGCCACUCGUUCGCAUGCGAUGACGCCGAUGCGAAGCCGCACCUGCCGCUGACUUGUUGUGCACAGCAAUCUCCAUCUUCGCCGCACGUCCUCCCAGCUUCUCCAGCUUCUACAACUUCAACAACUUCUACAAGCUCUCUCCAUUUCACAUUUUCACAUCUUCGCAUCCGUAUCUGCGUUGUUGGCGCUCUGACGCUUUGAUAGCUCCGCCUUUGUCGAAGAGAUCGAACCACUCACAUCCCCAUCCCCAUCCCCAUCCCCACCACACCGUCCUCCACCGCACAACGCCAACAUGGUGUCCCGCGUCCUGAAUCUCGGCCUUCGUGGCUUCGAGUUCUUCUGCGCUCUGAUUGUCAUGGCCCUGGUAGGCAACAUGAUCGCAACCGCAUACGCCGGAAACUCAGCAAUGGUCAACUACGACAUGUUCGUCUCCGUCUUCGGCAUGCUGUCAUUACUCUACCUCUUGCCCACCACCUUCCUGGAUUCGUACAGCGUGCCCAUCGUCAACAUCGCGCUCGACGUCCUCAACGUCCUCUUCUGGUUCUGUGGUGCGGUAGCCACUGCCGCCUACCUGCAUGUGCACAGCUGCAGCAAUAGCGCCUACACCCACAGCAAUCACAUCACAAACGGCUCCCCCAACACCGAGAAGCGCUGCCGCGAAGCCCAGGCCUCAACCGCCUUCCUCUGGUUUGGGUGGGCAGCAUUCACCGCCUCCAUGCUUUUCUCCCUCAUGUCUGGUCGCGGCAGUGCCAACCUGCGCGGCGGGAUCCGUCGGCCUGCGAUGAGCCAGGUCUAGGAGCCUUGGUUUGCCUCGGUCUCCUCGCGGGAGGCAUCGUGGAAUACGCGAACGGACAUCGAUGCGUAGUCUCAAGCGGACCACGGCGGCUCGGAAUGAAACGAUCUCGGUGACAAAGGAUACGCAGGACUGCUACUGGCUAGCUAUAGGAUACCUGAUAUGUUAUGUAUCGAUGGAUGUGUAUGAUCAGAUGAAAGGAAUGGGCAAAUGUCAUCCUGCCCAGAAGCAAUGAUGCUGGACCGGUUUGGGACAUCGGGUCUUGGGGGAAAUACCAAUGUACAUGGGAUGGAAUGGUCUCGGCGUUCACGUUCAUUGCUUUAAGCAGCAAUAGCAGUAAUAUAUCUUGAUCUCGAA